AGCUUGUUAAAAACAUCGUUUACUAAGAAUGUGAAACUUCAACGAAUUAUAUCAUGUGUUGAUAUUACAAGGAUAUUGUUAUUUGAAGAAGUUUGAGGUGCUAUUAUACGCGUGCUACUUGUUUGGGACCCGUUUGUCACCCAGCUCGACUUCUUCGAUUAUUCGAUUUUACUAUUUCAAUGAAAAAUAUAAUAUUAUAAGUCAUUUGAUCAUUUCAUGUAUGAACUUGACAAAUCUGUUGUACAAUCAUAUGGUAGUGGUAUCUCUGCUAAACUUUAAUGAUCAACACACGUGAGGUGAAAAAUUUACAAAGCAGAAGCCAUGGAUCUCCUGGUGCAAGGGAUGUGUAUUGUGUAUUAUCUCUCGAUCAAGAAGAAAUAUUUAGAACAACAACAAUGGAAAGAACUCUCAAUCCAUUUUUUGGAGAAGAAUUUCAAUUUGAAGUACCUAGAAAAUUUCGUUAUCUUGGCAUUUAUGUUUAUGAUCGUGAUAGACAUUUAAAGCAAGAUAAAAUUUUGGGCAAGGUAGCAAUAAAAAGAGAAGAUUUAGCAACGUAUCAUAAUAAGGAACAUUGGUUUCCCUUGAGACUAGUUGAUGCUGAUUCUGAAGUGCAAGGUAAAGCACAUUUGGAACUUGCCCUUCAACCUCAAAUUGGAUACGCUCAACCUAAACUUACAGUAAGGAUAAUAGAAUGUAGUGAAUUAACUGUUAAAAAUAGUGGUUGUGAUCCAUUUGCAACUGUUACGGUUAACUAUAGUAAUGGUAAACAAGUAUUAAAACGCACAAAAAUUAAAAAAAAAACGAUAUCUCCAUACUUUAAUGAAACAUUUGUUUUUGAGCCAGAAAUAACAGAAUCCAAAGAGAAGGAUAUUUCUCAUUAUCCUCUUGAACGUGGAGAAGUGGGUGAGGUUGUCAUAGGUUUAUGGCAUGCAUCUUCUGGUAUGGGAGAGCAACCAGCUUUUCUUGGUGAAGUUAGAGUUACUUUAAAAGGACUACAAAAGCAGCCGACUAAUACAACAACUGCAUGGUACUUCUUACAACCGCGACAAGUAAAACAUCGCCCAAGUAAAAUUUCGAACAGUUCUGCAUCACCUGGUGCAGUUCCAGGCUUGGGAUCUCUGCGGUUAAAAAUACAUUAUACAGCAGAUCAUGUUUUUCAAUCAGCGAUGUAUGAUAGAUUAAGGAAUUUGCUGUUACAAAGUAUCAAUAUUCAACCAAUAACAUCGUCCGCUGUUUAUAUUUUGGGAGAAAUUGUGGCAAGUAAAAUGGAAGCUGCUCAACCAUUGGUUAGGGUAUUAGUACACUAUGGACAAUUGGUUUCUGUAAUGAGAGCUUUAGCUAGUCAUGAAAUUUCUAAAUUAACUGACCCAACAACAAUAUUUCGUGGUAAUACGUUAGUAAGUAAAAUGAUGGAUGAAGGUAUGAGAUUAGCAGGUCUUCACUAUUUACAUAGUACGCUUAGACCAGCUAUGGAACAAGUAUUCUUAGAGAAAAAGACAUGCGAGAUAGAUCCAACAAGAGUAAAGGAUGCAAAUACAAUUCAAACCAAUUUAGCGAAUUUAAAGGAAUAUGUUGAGAGGGUAUUUACUGCUAUUACAACAUCUGGUGUACGAUGUCCACCAUUAAUGUGCGAAAUGUUCUGGUGUUUAAGAGAACUUGCAGCGACACAUUUCCCAAAAAAUAAGGAAGUAAGAUAUUCAGUCAUCAGUGGAUUUAUUUUUUUACGAUUUUUUGCACCUGCAAUAUUGGGUCCAAGAUUAUUUGAUAUUACUACUGAACAAAUUGAUUCUCAAACUAAUAGAACGUUAACAUUAAUUUCUAAAACAAUUCAGAGUCUAGGAAACUUAGUAAGUUGUAGAGGUGGAGCUGGUAGUGUUUGUAAAGAAGAAUAUAUGGAAUGCGUGUAUAGAGAAUUUUACACAGAAAGACAUAUACAAGCAGUUAAGCAAUUUUUAGAAUUGAUAUCAACUAGUAGCAACAGUGGUAUUGCAAAACAACGAACAAGCACUCAACAAGAACAACCAAUCGUAUUGAAAGAAGGCAUUUAUAAUAGAAUAUAUUUUCUCUUCAUGCAUACUGCUGAUUGUAAGAAGAGAGUAAUGAUUAAAAGGGCACAAGGUAGAAAACGAUUUGGUCGGAAAAAUUUUAAACAAAGAUACUUUAGGCUUACGACACAGGAUCUAACCUAUUCAAAAACAAAAGGUAAAGAACCUUUAUGUAAAAUACCGCUUGAAGAAAUAUUAGCUGUUGAAAAACUUCAAGAAGAUUCUUUUAAGAUGAAAAACAUGUUUCAAAUUAUUCAAUCACAAAGGGCAUUAUAUGUUCAAGCAGGAAAUUGUGUAGAAGAAAAAGAAUGGAUUGAUAUUUUAACAAAAAUUUGUCGUACAAAUAGCAAUCGAUUAGAAAAAUAUCAUCCGAGUGCAUAUAUUAAUGGUCAUUGGCUUUGUUGUAAAGCAGUAGCAGAAACUGCUCUAGGAUGCAGCGAAGUAUCGCCAGGAGUGGAAGCUGGAUUGCGUAUGGUUCUAGAUCCAGAUAGAGAUUUGCAGCGAAUACAUUCUUUAAUAUUUACGAAUAUGCCGCGACUUGAAACUUUAAUGAGUGCGUGUGAAUGUCAAGCUGUUUAUGGGGCUAAUGACAUGUGUAUUUUACCAGGAGGUGGGUCUCCUAUAGAAGAUGUGCCCUCUUGUUUUAAAACUUUAACUGCAUUAAGAGAAGCUGCAUAUGCUUUACAGCACGAGCAUAGAGCCUACUUUAGAAGAUUGGCGCGUGAUACUAAAUAUGGAAGCAAGCAAGCUCCAAUUGGUGAUGAUAAUUACCUUCAUUUAGCUGCUAGAGCUGGAUUUGAAAGUCAAUUAACGAAACGUGCUUAUGAAAUAGACAGUUUAAAUCAACACUAUGUAGAAACAGAUCACUGUUAUGACAGCGGAUUUUCCAGGCGAAUAGAGGAUCAACGAACAUACGAUGAAACAUUUAGAAAACGUCUAGAUUCUGGCUCGAUACAUCGUAGGUAUGAGAACGAAAAUAAUUUAGUACGACGAUAUGAAAGCACUACCGAUACUAUUAGAAGUAUCCAAAAUGAUCUCAACACAUUUGAUCAUAGUUUAAAUAAUACAUUUAGGACAGAUAAUUCUGAAAAAAAUGUAAAUUUAGAAAACAAUAGAAUUUUAGAUAGUUCCAGUUUUUUAGCAACAGAUGGAAUUACUAUUUCUAAUACAUUAUCAAGAAAGUUUAAUAGCUAUGACCAUACCAAAAUAUUAAAGGAAUGCACAAUAACAAAGUUCAAAGGUGACAAACCUGAUAUAUCUUGUAAUUCUUUGAAUGAGCAUACUAAUUAAUUCAUUUAAAUUUUGAAGAUGAAAACAUGUUCCUAUAAAGUUUUCUAAGAUAUUGUCUCAUAUGUUCAUGUUAUAUUAAAGGCACACUGUAGUCUUUAAAUUCAUUAAAAUCAUACAAGAUUAUAUUUCUUGCAGUAGUAUACAGUAUAUGGAGUUUAAGUGUAUAUAACAGUAAUCUUCGAGCUGUUAAAGUUCGGAAUAGAAAAAUAUUUUAAACUUUCAAUGCUUUAGAAAAAUUGAAACGACAUUUAAGUGAAAUGAAAAAUCGUAUCGUUUAGAAAGUUAUUUCUUAUAUAUUAAGUCAAAAUAUAAAUAUUUCAUAAUUAUUUAAAAUUAUUUACAAAAAUAGCCUUAAGCACAAUCGAUAUGGCAUGAAAUGUUUGUUGAACAGUAACAUAGGAAGAAACCAGAUUUCAUACUAUGCAUUGCUUGUUGAAAGGUUAAAUGAAGUUUAAGUGUUUACUAUUGUUCCAAUAUGUUGGGUGAGUCAUUGUUAGAUUUUAAGUUCUUGUUUUGUUUUAAUGACGUGAUAAAAUAAUCUGAAACAGAAAUUAUUCAUAUUUAAAAGUUAUUUUUAUAUAACUGUUCAGAACCAAUAUAUCAAUAUCAAUGACCAAUUUAAAUUAGUUCAAGAUCUCCUAUACUAAAGAUAAAGUUUCCAUUCUAAAUAUAAUAUGUAUAUAACUAUCAGGAUUGUAAUUUAAUUUUAAAAAAUUUGUGUUAUCUAUUUCUUCUUCAAUUUAAAUCUUUUAUUCAAGAUUUUAAUUUAAUUCUCAGACCCUUGAAUCUCACUUCACUUAUACUCUUCCACCGUUAUAUCUUUCUGUUACUAGAAGUACCUCACAGUACAGACCAAAACUUAUUGAAAUUCUUGCUCAAAAUCAGUGCGAAUAAAAAUAAUCACAAAGUACUGUUGAAAAUUUUAAACAUUAACCAUGUGUUUUUGAAAAAAAUAUUCUGGUCAGCAUUGCAAUUUUAUGAAGAGUCAGAAGAUCUGUUGCUUGUUGUAUAGUUUAACAUGGUAUGUCACCUGAAUAUUUUUUUGUUUAUGUUCUCGAGAAUUUACAUUUAUAUACACUCUAUUUACAUUUUAAAGCUAACUGAAUUUUUCGCUAAGCUAGAAAAAUCUCGUGGCAUUUUUCAUUAAUUCAUUUAAAAAAAGAAGGGAAAUAUGAGAAUCUCCUCCAAAAACACCAAAGUCAAGUUCUCACCAAAUCACGUCUUUAUUAUUGAUUUCAAAUCUUUUACAUCCUUUUAAAGUACAAACCAAAAUGCCAGCUCUUACUAGUACUUUAUCUUGCAAUAAACGUGUGAUCCAAUAAUUUCUUCUCAAUCAAUCCUCUAGAAAAGGGUUAAGUAUUCCAGUGCAGCUUAUUUGGAUUGUAGUAAACGUACAUGUAAACAAGACAAGAUAUGUUCCAUCCUUAAUGAUAAAUACAUUAGUAAUUAGUACAAAAAAUACAUUUAUGACAUAUAGUUCAAUUAUACGUAAUUUCAAAUAUCGUAUACAAGCGCAAUUUUACACACAUGUAAUAUUGCUGAAUUUUGAAGUUUAAUUUACACAAAAACAACAUCGAGUUUCCAUCAUAUUAUGACAGAAUUUCGACAAUUUCUAAUCUACAUUAUAUUAAAUUGUAUUAGACAAGAGACUUUCUUAAUUCAAAUUUUAUCUAUCAUAUCAUGUUUAAAUAUUUCAAAGUUACUAACAGUUUUGUUUGCAACUACAUUUUAUUCUGUGAUAAGGAGAGUUUUAACAUAUUGUUGGUUCAAUAUCGUAAUUUAAUAUCGAUAAAAUGUCAAAUAAUUGUUUUAAGUGGGCCAGUUUGUCUCUGGCGUAAAUAAGUAAGAUAGAAAACAAUUACAUAGUUAAUUUUUUGGGAUAUAUCCUUCUUUCAAUGGUGCAAUUUCUUGUUUCUUAUUAAAAUCGUUCUGUUUUUUUAUUAAAAUCGUUUUGUUUUCAAACUAUUAAUUUAGGUUACUUUUAUCGUAAAUUAAUUCUGAAUAUUCAAUUGUUUCGUUACAUUGUACUUAUUUACUAAAAAGUCUCCCCAUUUGUGCAUGUUGUAAAAAUAGAUACAGAUGGCGAAUAAUUUGUUAGAUAUUAAUAAAUACAAUUGAAAAUGUCUAACGUUCAUCGUUGAACGUCUUAUCUCAAUUACUAUAAAUAUUUGCAUUUGCACUAAACAGUGACUGUUAUGCCAUGGUUAAUCGCGGGUCUGUAUAUUUUAGGACUUCUUAUUUUCAAAUCAAUUCAAAUCUGAUCACUCUGACUUCUUUUUGUGAUGAACAGACAUUGACUAGCUAACUAACGGUUUUAAUAAAUUACAUUUGCAUUAAUUACGUUAAUUAUUCAAAUUUUUGUAUAAAAACAUUUACCUGUUUUGUUUUUGACUUUAUUAUUUAUUUAUUUGUAUUAGAUCAAUUAUAAUAAUAUGAUAUAUAUUUACAUUAUUUAAACAAAUUUUCAGCAUUAAACAUCUCUUUUUUUGAUUCUUAAUUAGUAUAGGUGAUAUAAGUAAUAUAAAAAUAGUAUAAAUCAAUUGAAGAAGUAAAUAUAUAAUUAUAUCUUAAAGGUUGGCUAUAAUGUAGUAAAACUAUUAGUAUGAAUAAUAUAGAAAAGUUGAUAUAUUAGCAACAAACAUCAGAGCAGCCGUACUACAACUAUAUCUGAGAACAAGAAAGAAUAAACUCAGUUAAACACAAGUUGAACAUUACAAAUCAAACAGAGUAUAAGCAUACUCAACUUAUUCUCUACAAAUUAAAUGUUUUUAUUGACAAGUUAAAAGAGGAAUGAUAAAAUGUUCUCCACACCAACAUAUUUUCUUUCUUUCUCUCCCUCUGUAUUACUUUAUUUUAAAAUAUGCAUUGUUUCGAAUUGAUUGAAACGACUUUUUAAUUGAAAAUAUACAUAUAAUGAAAUAUAGAUAUAAUAGAAACUGUACUUAAAUACUGCAUCAAAAUCGCUAGGCGAAUUAAAAUUGACGUAAUUUUUAAACUAAAUUUAAAACAUAAAUAUAAAAAUAUAAUAUAAAAAUUUUAUUGAUAAAAUCCAGAAUUUACCUAAUUACAUCCAAUAUGACUUAUGUAUGAUUAAGUGUUUUCGAGUUUCUCUUACAACAUACGUCAUUUAAAUGAUAACUAUUAAUUUUUAUAAAUAAUUUGUAUGAAAUUGUUCUUCAAAAAAUAUUUAAUACGACACAUUCUGUUUUUUCUGCAGAAAUGAAAAUGUUGUUACAUUCUCUUAUCGAAGAUGAGAACAUUUCUCUGAAUAUCUUGAGCUACUGAAUACAGAAAAAUAAUUUAAGAUAUAUUUUUUGGUAAAAAUAUUGAGUGACAAAACAGCUUGUUAAAACAUUUUAUUUGUUUGUUUCUCCUUCUUUUCUUAAUUGUAAUUCUUCUUAUAAAUUGUGAACUCAUUUCUACAUAAAUUUCUGAAUAUAAUUACAAAUAAAAAGAUUCAAAUAAAUGUUAGAAUUGUAACAAUAUGCUCGUUAUUUGAAUGUGAACAUCAUGUUAUGUUUUCAUGUGUUUCCAAGUUUUAUGAUAUUUCGGGCAAUGAUUCAUGUGAUUUGUAUUUGGAAUUUCCCUCUGUAUAAUAAGAAUUGUCAGAGCUACAAAAAUUUAUGUUACUAGUCAUGAUUUUUGAAGUCAUUAAGGACAGUUUAAAGUUUCCCUUCGUUUACCGUUCAUUUUAGGUUUGCUAUGAAUAUCACAGAUAUAGACAACUUAUGACCAACUUAUGUUCUGAUAGGAGAACUUCUAAUCAUUCUAUUUCUCGCCUAUUUACUAUGCCUACGAGAUUUUUUACUACACUCUAAUAGGUAGACCUUUCAUGGAAUCAGUGCUCAUGAUAAAUAUCUUUUACUCGUGCUUAUAGUAGUAUUAAAAAUUUAAUUAAAAUCACUGAAUGUCACUUAAAUGAUGUUCAUUAUUAAAAUAAAGUUAUUGUAUGACUUGGUUUCUAGAAUCAUCCUGAAUGCUUAUUUAUUCUUCCUUGAGACUAACAAAUGAAAGUUAGUACUAUUACCUUAUUAUUUACUCUCGUUAUAACAUUUUUAAAAAACUUUAUUUAAUUAAUUUACUAAAAUCAUUUUCUUAAUAUAACUUAAAGAAUGUUAACGUCUGAAGCAUGUGAUGACUACAUUCUUUAAGAUCAUAUUACAUACUCUCUCACAAGAAAGUAACAUUCAACAAACAUCAAUUUAAUCAUUAAAUUAUUACCUAAUACUUAUGCACAUAUGUAAAAUGUCUAAUAUACAACGCAAUCAUAUCAAAAUUAUAUUUUAUACAAUUAUUUUUUUUAUUAAUGAAACAUCUUUCCCUUCAAUACUCUCCAUUUAUAUCUAUAACAUUUCUUUUGUACAAAAUAUGUGCCUCGUUGAUUUUAUUAUUGAUAAUUAAAUACUUGUAUCUUGAUAUUAUUUUACAAAAUAUUUAAUAUAAAUAGAUUUCCACUCAAUCAGAGAUGUUCAUAAAUUAAGUUUUAGCAUAGGUGAUGUUAUAAACGAAAAAUAUUUGUUAAAAAAAUAUGUGAAAAUAUGAAACAAGGUACAAUGGAAUACGUUUUUUACAACAAUAUUUCAAAUGCAAUGAACCAUAAGAUUAUAUUUGUUAAUUAUAACACUGCAAUAGUAAAAACGUAUUAUUUUAAUUUAGAAAGUCUAUCUUAGAAGUAAUAUUGUAGUGCUGAAACAUAUGACCAUGCGCGUAAACAAAAAUUAGCAAAUGGAAUUUUCAUUAAUAUAAUUUUGCAUGAAAAUUAAAUUGUUUGUCAUUGAGACCAACAAAACUAUUUACUGUUCUUACUUCAAAUGACUCACCCCGUAUAUUUUAAACUAAUCAAAUCUAGCAAUAUUUUAUAGUAGAUGUGCAAUUACACAUAAUUCUACAGUAAAUGAUAAUAUAAAAAUAAUAAUAAUAAUAAUAUCAAAUGUGUAGUAAUAUAGUAAUAACUAAGUAAUUGCUAAAUGCAUUGCUAAAUCGCAUGCUGAUUAUUAAAUGCAAAUUGCUUAUGCAAGUGUAUAACUUCACAAAAUUAAUUACAAUAAUUUCCCAAUCAGAUAAGCUAUUGUUGUUAGAUUAAAAUUAAUAUCUAAUAUCAAACAUAAAAUAAAUUAAUUCAAUCUUUUUUUUAUUAAACAGAACAUCAUGCAAAAAUUUAUCAUUUUAUAUAAUAAAAAUAUUUUUUAUACAAACAAUGUAUUUUCAAAGAUAUUUGAAUGUUAACAAAACACUUAAACUAUAUAUACUGUAAGAUCCUAUUUUAUAUGCUGUUGACUCUCCUUCAAGGGGUUUUUUUUUAUUUAUGUGUGCGUUUUCAUCGAAUUAAUUGCAUAAGUUCUAUAAUGGCUUAGUUAUUAAUAGAAAUAUGCAAUGAACAAUAUUUCAAGGAGUGUUUAAAUUACUUCUAUAGUUUGUUAUCAUGCACUACAAGGUAUGACAUUUCACAUCAAUAAAAACUUUUUUUAUUUAUUUAUUUAUGUUUUAUUCUUAAAAGAAAAAAGAAAAAAAAGUAGAAAUAUAUAUAUCUAUAAGUAUGAUAGCGAACUGUAUUUUAUCGAUAGAGUAAAUCAGCAAUCUCAAUAUUAGAGAAAUAUUAUAUUAUGACCAAUAUUCAUUAAGACAUUUGAAUAUGUACAAUAUAUUUUUAAUUGAUCUAUUGUUUCGUUUAUAUUUUUAUAAAAUUAUAGUACUUCUAUUUUAUGUUAUGCUUUUAACAAUUAAUAGUAUUUGUAUAAUUUUAAUUUCUAAAUGCUUAUGAAAAUAAGCAAAACAUAUGUCGUCUUCGAAUAUUAGGAAAACAUAAUAUUAGGUAAUAAUAAUUUUUAUACACUGAAAUCAAAUAAUACAAUACAGUAUCAAAUAUAAAAUUAAUAUAAGUAGUAUUUAAUCUGUACAUAGUGGCAUUAUAAAUAGUGUUUUAGCGAUGAUUUUCAAAUUUGUCUUUGUAUCUUAAUGUAAUUUAUUAAAGGAAAAUAUGUAUAAAAUUAUAAAUUAUAUAUAUAUUAUAUAUAAUUAUAUUAACAUAUUUUGUUAAACUUUAUAAAAUUUUUGAUCUAAUUUAUUCUUUUUUCCUUUUUUUUUAAUGUAUAUGAUUUGUAAAACAGAUGUAUAUCUCUUGCAUUUAUUCUUGUAAAGAUGUCCCUACAUUUGAAAUAUAGGAAAUGGAUAUAUAGGGUGUCUCAGAAGAAAUCCAUACAACUUUACUAAUAUGUUUAGUAGGUUAUUCUGAAUCAAGAAGAUUGUAUACAGUUUUCAUACAGAUUUUCAUCUAUUGUUGAUUUAUUUAAAAAGAAAAAUUCUACACAUUUUCAAUGUAUUUCUUGACUUGCUUUAUUUUUAUAUUCUACAGCGGAUGUUCAGCAUGUCAUCCUUGUAAUGUACAUAACUACUGUAUCUGCGAUAUUUAAUUUUUAAUACUGUUAUUUGCAUUGGAUAUAUAUUGUAUUGGUUGUCUGAAAUUGUGAUUUCAUAUAAUUACAAAGGGAGAAAUCCAGUGGACUUAAAUUAGGUGAUUGAGGUGGCCAUAAGUUUGGUCCAUAUUAUCCUAUCCAUAUUUCAAGGAAAUGCAUAUUUAAAAAUGUAUAUUUACACAAAUAUAAAAUCUAGAGACAGAGUGAACUCACUAGUUACCAAUAGUUACAAUCUUAUACUGAUAUUUGAUAUACAGAGCAAACAAAAUUGACAUCAAAAUAGAACUAAGAAUUCCUAAGAUGUGUGAUCUUUUUAAAUUGCAAAUUAACAUACUGAUAAAGUUAAAUUUUCUUCUGAUACACCUUGUAUGCUAUUUAUUUUAAAUAAAUGAAAAGAAUUUUCUUA